UUUCCUCGCAGUGCAUUUCCUUGGCAGCUGAACAUUUGCUGGGAAUAUUGAUGUUGCUGCUGACUGUAGAAAUCUGCACAUUCACUUCUCUGUUUAUUAGUGGAUCCCUUGCGCCCGGAGAAAGCUAUUGUUUCUGGGUAUCAGCAGAGAAGGCAAGCACGUUAGUUGUUUGUGCCUCUAGUCUGUAUUCUCAUAAGGCUUCCACAUGCAAGAGUGAUUUCCAAGUAGGACAGCAAUGAGCGGGAAAUCUCUGCUUCUCAAAGUUAUCCUUCUUGGGGAUGGUGGAGUUGGGAAGAGCUCGCUUAUGAACCGAUACGUCACAAAUAAAUUUGACUCUCAAGCCUUUCACACUAUUGGAGUGGAAUUUCUUAACCGAGACUUGGAAGUUGAUGGCCGAUUAGUCACCCUACAGAUAUGGGACACAGCUGGUCAAGAACGCUUUAAGAGUCUGCGUACACCAUUCUACCGUGGAGCCGAUUGCUGUCUGUUAACCUUUAGCGUGGACGACAGACAAAGCUUUGAAAACUUGAGCAGCUGGAGAAAGGAGUUUAUUUUGUAUGCAGAUGUCAAGGAGCCUGAUAGAUUUCCAUUUGUGGUACUGGGCAACAAGGUGGACAAGAGUGAAAGGGAGGUAAACACUGUGGAGGCCCAGGCCUGGUGCAGUGAGAAUGGUGGAUAUCCAUACCUAGAAACAAGUGCAAAAGAUGACACUAAUGUGGAUAGAGCAUUUGAAGAAGCGGUGAGGCAGGCAUUGGCUGUGGAGGAGCAGGUCGAGCAUUCUGUGCUGGGCCGUACUAUAUAUCUCCACAGCAACCAGAGUUCAGGGUCAUCAUGUUGCUGAACGUGAUAAAGAUAAAAGGUGACAAAUCUGGAAUAUUUGGAAGAUAUUAAAUGCCCUUUCUUUAUGGGCUAGCAGAACUGAAAGAAAAGAAAGGUCUAAAUAUAGGUAGAUAGGCUCUACCCUGUGUUUGGGCCAACGGUAUUAUAAGUAUAGCUAUUAUAACUAAAGGGACAGAUUAUGGUGUAUAUCAACAUUGCAUAAUAACCUUUACUUAUGAAGAAAAAAAAUUUCCAAUAGUAAGUCGUAUGCUGCCCACACCAAGUAACAGGUAAUGCUACAAGGUGAUACUUGUAUUAGAAUCUGAAAGUGAGUAAGUAAAGAAACAAACAGAAAGUGAUGACUGACAUAUAUCUGUUGCUUUUCUAACCUCAUCUGAAGUAAAAGGAGAGGAAAUCUCCAUCUACAGAGUGUGUAAAACACUGGAAAAAAACACAAACUGAUAUAAAGUAAUAAAAGCUGCAUUGCUGAAGCUGCAGAAAACAAAAUGUGAUAGCAGCUUUGAUGAAGGACCAAAAUAUUGGUUUUGUUUAUUGACUUGAUACUGUCCAAAAAUAGGAUCUCAAGGCAGCAAUCCCCCACAGCAGCUUACACACGCAUUUAUCUGCAUCCACAACUGUCACCUUCUGCUCACUAUUGUGCAAUAAGUGGAAUUAUUUCGGUACAUUUGUGUCAAGCUCUGCUUCAAGGAGUUUAGAGAGUAUUUCUCUGUUGUCCAGUAUAUGCUUGUCCUAUCGUGUCUGCAUCAUAUGUUACACUUGCUUUCCAAGGGUGCCAUGGCAAAGGAACCUUUUGAUUUGGUACAGUGUUUAAAGGGAUUCUGUUAGUUAGUUUAUAUUUGAGGCAGCUGGGAAACUGAUAAUAUGUCUAGCCCCAUGUCAGAUUUCAAAAUUAAAUAUAAAAAAACCUGUUUGCUCUUUUCAGAAAUGGAUUUCAGUGCAGAAUUCUGUUGGAGUUGCACUAUUAACUGAUGUGUUUUGAAAAAAAUUUUUUUGACAGUAUCCCUUUAACUACAACUCAUGAGUCUCUUGUACAUGAGAGGAACUGUUACUAAAGAACCUUAUUAACGUACAGUCUGCAAUCAAGUGCAGUGGCUUAGAGUUUUUUGGUCAAUCAAGACAGGUAAUAAUUGUAUCUGCCGCAGCACAAUAAUGAGAGGACAUUCAUGUGAGCACUUCCUGAAUACAUUGUAAUUAUAUGGUGUUUCUGAAAAUAUUUCCAUGCUAAUAAACAGUGUAUGUGUUCUGGUCAGACCCCUCUCAUAAACAUGUUUACAAAAUUAAACAGUAUUUAAAUACGUUA